UGAAAUAUUGAAGUUUGACGUCAAGAGACUUUGUUUUCUUUUAAAUUUUUUCUCUAUUAGUUUAUUUUUGUUUAACUGGGUUUCGAUCAUUCGAUGACCUCUUGGUGGAGAAGCACAAAACUAGGUAUGAAAGUGAUACGCUGAUGUUCCUAUUAUCGUUUGGGUUAUGUCGAGAAUAAGAGGAAUAGAGGCUAAAGGGCUAAAAAUACUCAAAGAUUACCAGGGUACAUUACAGAAUGUAGAAUCACGGAAGAAUAAGACUAAUGGAACCAAGAAAAAGAGAACCAAUACUUUGCUAUGUGAUAAAGGUGACGUAGAAAAGCGGCAGAUAAAUGAGCUGCUGCAAAAACUACCAAAGCUGAACGCCAUAUUCGACGUCCAUCGCAAGAUUGGUGAGGGCACGUUCAGCUCUGUCUACUUAGGCUCUUUGAAAAAACACUCCGAGCUGCCUGACGCACAGAAACCAUGGUUCGCUAUCAAGCACCUGGUGCCUACCGCGCACCCCGCUCGGAUCGAACAUGAACUGAGAUGUCUUCAGGACAUGGGAGGGAAAUUUAAUGUGAUAGGUGUUGAACUGUGCCUUCGACAUCUUGACACUAUUGUAUUUGUGAUGCCUUAUAUACCCCAUAAAAAGUUUUCUGAAUAUGUAGGAGAUAUGGAUGCUGAAGAGGUGAAACAGUAUAUGCGGGCACUGUUUGUGGCAUUGCGUCAUGUGCACUCAUUUGGAGUCAUCCAUAGAGAUGUCAAACCCAGCAACUUCCUUUAUGAUAGAGAAAAUAAAAGGUACUUACUAGUGGACUUUGGUCUAUCGCAGCGCGUGUGCGCGCGCGACGAGCCCUCGCCGCCGCCCGCGCACUGCUCCUCCGCCGGCCUGGGCGCGCCGCCCGCCCCGCCUGCCCUGCCCGCCCCGCCCGCCCCGCCCGCACCGCCCGCCCCGCCCACCGCCUGCAAGCGGCCGCGGGACGAGGAUGAUCUAUCCCCAAAUGCGAAAAGAAUGGCUUUAGAUUUAUCGAUGCGUUCAAAGAGUACAAAUGUAGAUCCGCCUGCGCCCCCCCGACUUAUCCUUCCAAAGGUGCAAAUUCCUAGACAAAAUUUACCAAAGAGCCCGCCGCCGGCGCAGGCGCGGGCGCUGCGCGUGGAGUGCGCGUGCGCCAACGUGGGCGGCGUGUGCAGCGCGUGCGCCGGCCGCGCCGCCGCGCGCGCGCCGCGCGCCGGCACGCAGGGCUUCCGGCCGCCCGAGGUGCUGCUGAAGAGCCCGCGCCAGGGGCCCGCCGUGGACGCGUGGGCGGCCGGCGUGGUGCUGCUGAGCGCGCUCACGGCGCGCUACCCGUUCUUCCGCGCCGGCGACGACGCGGCGGCGCUGGCCGAGCUCGCCGACCUGCUGGGCACCGAGCCGCUGCAGCGCGCCGCGCUCGCGCUAGGUCGGCGCGUGGUGUCGUCGACGUGGCGGCGCGGCCUGUGCCUGCGCAAGCUGACGGCGCGCCUGCGGGGCGGGCGGCCGGCGGGGGCGGGGGCGGGGGCGGGGCCGGGGGCGGGCGGAGUGCCGUGCGCCCAUUGCCGCCUGCCCGUCCCUCAAUGCCUUUGUCGCGACGAGUCCAUACGAGCGGACGAGUUCGACCCCGGGGUCACGGUGGCAGGGUUCCCGGACGCCGCGUUCUCACUGGCAUUGCGACUGCUGGACCCCGACCCGAGCUCGCGCCUCACCGCCGCCGACGCGCUCAAACACCCCUUCCUCGCCGACACGUAACGUCACGCCACACGCGCACAUCUAGCCAAUGUCACGUUACAUCUGCACGUCAGCUGUCAGAUGUUACUAGACACGUGCACGACACCUAGGAGACGCCACGAGAAACUUGCAAAAUAUGUGUAGGGUUGUUAAAAUUGUAUUAGUAUAUUUCUGGUCUCCAACAUGAUUACUUAUUUAAAAAAAUACCGUCGGAAUCUAUUUAUACAAGGCUCAUCAAUGCAAGGUACAUCAAUCUAGCGUGCGUACAUUAUGUUAAAAUUUUCGUGUACCCGCAAUUACAGAUGGGCACGGUAUUUAAAAUACUGACGCUCGGAUAAUUAAUUAAAUACUAAUACACAUUUUUACAAUAAGUCA